AUAGCUUUAAAGAAAGCAGAAUAAAGCCAACUGGCACACUAGAAUUAUAACAAAUGCAAGAAAGAAUGCACUAAUAUUUAAUUAUCAUGAGUUUAUUUUGACUAUCAAGAAGUUUUCACAAUAUAAAAAAUAUUUUGAUUUCAUUUGAUAUUCAUUCAUUAGUUUGUGUUAGUUUUGUCCUAUACCAGAACAUAUUCCACUUCCCUGACAAUUUUCUUUCUUUGAACAUUUGUUGUACUACUGUGUAAAGUGAAUUGGUUGUUUUAAGGGUGCUAUAAAUAAAGUUCAGAUUUGCCAGUUCAAUAGGGAUGGCUGGAAAAGGUUUAUAAUAAACCACAGAACACAAUUGAGAUAUUGAAGCAAACAGGAGAGAUUGCACUGCCACUGACAAACCAGUUCUUGGCAUUGUUUCAAUAGUCACAUAACUGGUUUUGUAUACAAACCCAUGGUACUUUAAACAUGCACACAUGUACAAUGUCAUAUUGUCUGUGUUUUGAAUGUUGUUACCUCUUAUGGCAAAAAUACAUUUUUGCACUGCUGGAGGAUGUAAAUGGAAAGUCACAGGGUGGCUGUCUUUUAAAAUGAGAGGGAGCCAUCUGGGACAUUUGAGAACCACUUGACACUGCUGAGUGGAACAUGCUAAAACUACUUUAAUAACUAAACAGCAUUUACAAUACUGAACGAUGCUUGAUGUAUCUUACUUUAGUUACAAAUCACUGACUAAUAACAUUUGGAGUUAGUCAGAUGAGCCCUACCUGUCCAUUCAAAUCUCUGAGAUUCAUUAAAUUAAUCUCAAACUUAAAACCCUUAGUAUUAUGGUUCAUAUUUUUUAUAAAUAAAAUUGUAAAAAAUAUGAAGUUGCUUUACAUAACACUGCUGUAUUAUUGCUAUAUCAGAUAACUACUCAGAAUGACUCUACACACUAAAAUUAGCAUGUUUCCUUAUCUUUAUCAUAUAAAUCAGGUACAAAAACUGUGAGUUCAAGGAAAUAUGCAUUUGGUAAACUAAACUCUCACGGACGUAGAGGGUUAAAUGAGCAAAGACAUGGGAAAAUGCAUGUGUGGUUUCCAUCACAUACACCCUUAAGCUCCAAUUCCCCACCCCAUUCUCUACAAAACGUCACAUCAAGUUUUUUUCUUUUUGCUCUGAUACCUUGACUCUUCCCCACCCUUACUUUCCUCCCUUAGUUUAAAUAGCUGCUCAGAAUGAACAGGUGUCACAUCUUUACCUGGGAUCCUGUUAAGAACAUCAGAAGUACCAGCAGUCCACCUGUAAAUUACAGCUGAGAGUAAAACUACACUGGAUCCUCAUUUCAAGAAAGUGCACAUCUUUUUGCUUCCUAACACAAUUUCACCCUCACUGAACCGAAGACAAGAAUAUCUUCAGGUAUGGACAACAGACUGAUCCUCGUCAUCCUGUUAGUGAUACUGUCCUGGAUAUCUGUGGGAACCUAUGCUCAAAGUCAAUACAUUGCAAUGGAAGUGUCAAAUGGCGUGACAAGUGCACCAGAUGAGACCAUGGCAACAAGCAUGACAAGUGCACCAGAUGAGAGCAUGGCAGCAAGCAUGACAAGUGCACCAGAUGAGACAGUGGAAACAAGCAUGACAAGUGCACCAGAUGAGAGCAUGGCAGCAAGCAUGACAAGUGCACCAGAUGAGACAGUGGAAACAAGCAUGACAAGUGCACCAGAUGAGACAGUGGAAACAAGCAUGACAAGUGCACCAGAUGAGACAGUGGAAACAAGCAUGACAAGUGCACCAGAUGAGAGCAUGGCAACAAACACGACAAGUGCACCAGAUGAGACAGUGGAAACAAGCAUGACAAGUGCACCAGAUGAGACAGUGGAAACAAGCAUGACAAGUGCACCAGAUGAGAGCAUGGCAACAAACACGACAAGUGCACCAGAUGAGAGCAUGGCAACAAGCAUGACAAGUGCACCAGAUGAGAGCAUGGCAACAAACAUGACAAGUGCACCAGAUGAGAGCAUGGCAACAAGCAUGACAAGUGCACCAGAUGAGAGCAUGGCAACAAACAUGACAAGUGCACCAGAUGAGACCAUGGCAACAAACACGACAAGUGCACCGGAUGAGACCAUGGCAACAAACAUGACAAGUGCACCAGAUGAGACCAUGGCAACAAACAUGACAAGUGCACCAGAUGAGACCAUGGCAACAAACAUGACAAGUGCACCAGAUGAGACCAUGGCAACAAGCAUGACAAGUGCACCAGAUGAGACCAUGGAAACAAGCAUGACAAGUGCACCAGAUGAGAGCAUGGCAACAAACAUGACAAGUGCACCAGAUGAGAGCAUGGCAACAAACACGACAAGUGCACCAGAUGAGAGCAUGGCAACAAACACGACAAGUGCACCAGAUAAGACCAUGGCAACAAACAUGACAAGUGCACCAGAUGAGAGCAUGGCAACAAACACGACAAGUGCACCAAGUGCGCCAAUGGAAACAAACAUGACAGCAGCACCAACGACCGCAGCCCUAGUGACACCCUACAUCAUCCCAGUGGGAUAUCUUCAGACACCUCUUUCUAGGGCAGAAUGUGGGACCCAACAGCUCUGUGUGUCCGCGCCUGCUGUCUGUGACCCCUCCAGUGAUACAACAUGUUACUUUAUUGGUGUCAAGCGGCAGAGCGGUCAAAACUUUGAGUUUGCACUCUCAGGACAAUCCGCAGGCUACACCGCUAACUCCCUGUCACCUGAUGGCACACUGGGAGGAAAUGACUCAGCCUACGUCUGUGCAAACGACGGCGGUGUUGUUAGAUUCUUUACAACUGUCCUCAGUAAGAUCCAGCUGAUUGAGACAAAGCUAAACGUGAGUUCAGUAAUGGGCAGGGUCGAUGGAACCAGAAUCCAGUGUACAUUUGUUGCCACAUUACCACCAACAGCUACUAAAUCAGCAACAGUUUACGCACUUGCAUUCUUGACUGGAUCUUUCAACAGACAUUAUGGAAAUCUAGGAACCCCUGUUGUCCAAUUAUUGAGCCCUCUUCUAGAUCUGGGAAAUCCUUAUGUGACCAAUCAGACCGCUACCUCUGGCAUGACCAGUGUCCACGCCACUACAUUGCAGCAAUCACUGACGCAAGUUGUGGUGUUAUCUCAUCAGUGGAGGGAACAUCAGUAUUCACAUUCCAGUGUGCAGGCAUGGAAGGUCGCUACGUCAUUGUGACCAUUCCAGGAGACUGGAAGGUUCUGACGCUAUGUGAAGUGGAUGUGUAUGCUUCUCUGGCAGGUAUGGUCCUUGAAUAUUAUGUCCAAUAGAUAGAACUAGCUAUCAAAUACUGUGUUAUGUCUGAUGUGGUUCUAUACAUUGUUGGCUUCUGAAACUGACUGUUAUAUAUGCACAUGUAAUUGUUGUUGCUACAAUAUCCAAAGUCAGGCACAGCUGAUGAUCCAUUCAUCCAUCCAUCCAUCCAUCCAUCGUCAACCACUUAUCCUGUGUACGUGAAAUAAUAUUAUCAUUUCUUCAUAAAUCAACAGUAACCAGCAAUAUUCAUUCUCUCCAGUACCAGUAGUUGUCAUUCUUCUCUUUCUACUGCUCCCCCUCCUCCCACUGUGAACAUGCUACUGAGUGGCAGGAAUGUGACAGCGGUGGGAGAGUCAUCCAUGCAUUGAUGCAUUCAUUUUCAAGGCCAUCACAUGUGGGUUUCUCUCACUGUAAUCUCAUGUAACCAUCAGUCUGAUGGAGGGCAGAUGACUCGAUAUCUCUUGACCUCUGAGAGUUAGCUGAGACCAAGAUUGUCACCUUUUCUCAGCUAAGAGCCUGUUCUUUCUUAUUGUUUAUUUUCUAAUUGUUUGUGUGGUUUUUGUUAACAGUAUUCCCAUAUUUGAGAUGAACUAAGAAAUCUUGGCAAUGCAGUAAACCACUGAUUAAAUUAAAAAAAACAUUAUUAAUUCAUACAUUAUAAUCUCAACAUAAGUAGUGACUAUACAAAUGUGUGAACUGGCAUUCCUACAUACUAUAAAAUCAAAUUGUAUGUAUGAUGUGUUUUACCACUGAGUAAGAUGUACAGUCCAUGUAGCUGUAAAGUUCCUUGCCUUAAUGUUGUAAUAUUUUAUCACGUCAUCUGGUUUUGAAAUGUGAGAAAGAUCAUGGAGAUGUGAAAUGCAGAACUGAACUAUUAAUAGCAAUGUUCACUACAAGAAACUUAGUUUUUGAAUCAAACAACAGAAAAUGUGAUACUGGUGCAUAUUUUUCUGCAAUUGUCUGAUUGACCUUGAGGUAGGAAAGAACUUAUCAGUUUCCAUGUUGUGUUAGUGUUUCAUAAUAUGCUAAAAUAAAUAAACCUUUGUAGACAGUGCAAAUAAAGCAAAAUUAUUGAAUUGUUGAAUUGAGUAGAAUUCAUGUUAAUAAUCAAACAGGAAAAA